AUGCCUCAUCGUAUCGAUAUGGUUAUAAGUGCUCAAUUAUUCUUCUCGCUUCUUUGUGAUGGCCAGCGAUACAUCUCCAACCACUCAGAGGGAUUGAGACCUAUUUUACAAAACACAGUAUUGGGCUGGGUAGUGAGCGGACCGGUACCAAUAGCACCGAAUUCAUCUCACUCUGCAUCUGUUGCCCUUACAUGCACCACCGACGAUCUAGACUUCCAAUUGUCACGCUUUUGGGAGAUUGAGCACUGUCCUGAAGCUCGCAGCUUUUCGAAGGAGGAAUUAGCCUUCGAGAAACUUUUCUCCGACACCACCACACGAGAUGAACUUGGUCGGUUUGUUGUUCGUCUAUCCACCAAGCCUGAGAUGUUGAGUCAACUGGGCGACUCAGCCACAACAGCUUUGAAACGAUACCACUGGAUGCAGCGUCGGCUCUUGAGAGAUCCGAACCAUAUGUCACCAGCAAAUACAUCUCAUCCCAAUUCCGUCUUUCACCCUCAUCAUGCCGUAAUUAAACCCACAAGCACCACAACAAAAUGUAGGGUGGUUUUUGAUGGUUCUAGCAGAACCUCUACAGGUAUUGCUAUUAAUGAUUGCCUUAUGGUAGGCCCCACCAUACAAGACACCCUAGUAACAAUCGUAAUUAGAUUCCGAUUUAAUGAAGUGGCACUAGUUGCCGAUAUAACGAAAAUGUUUAGACAAAUUUGGAUCCAUCAAUCCGAUCGACAUCUUCAACAAAUAUAUUGGAAAGAUGAAAACGACAUAAAUGUUAGACCGUAUGUUCUUAACACAGUGACUUACGGCACUGCUUGUGCGCCCUAUCUCUCAACCCGCUGUUUAAAGCAAUUGGCAUAUGAUCACAUGAUGAUUAACAAACACGUAGCCUCUAAAAUAAGCACCGACUUUUAUAUGGAUGAUCUUAUCAGUGGGGAUCAAACAGAUGACGCAGCAAUUAAUCUCCGCUCAGAAGUCCAGGGCAUUCUGGGAUCAGCAGGUUUUGAGUUGAGAAAAUGGGCAUCAAAUUCCCCGGCAGUCCUAGCAAGUAUCCCCGAAGCUUUGAGAGAUGAUCGUUCAUUUCUCGACUUAGACAGCUCCCCCUCAAUAAAAACUCUUGGACUCAUCUGGCAGCCCAAAUCCGAUUCUUUCCACUUCAAAUCACCAGAUCUCAUUCAAAGUCAGCAACUCACUAAGAGGAGUGUUGUCUCUGAGAUGGCUCAGCUAUUCGAUCCGCUCGGAAUUCUUGGACCUGUCGUCGUAAAAGCAAAAAUUUUCGUGCAGCAGUUAUGGAGAGCAAACCUUUCUUGGGAUGAUCUGCUCCCACCCAACUUGAGUGACGCCUGGGAGUCAUAUAGGUCGGACCUUUCAACAGUACACUUGUUUAGUGUUCCUCGACGUGUUCUGGCUAACAACAGAGCAGGCGAGAUCCAACUUCACGGAUUUUGCGACGCAUCUCAGCACGCAUAUGGGGCGUGCAUCUACGUACGGAGCUCAACUGAAGACGGCAACAUCAUUACCCACCUUCUUACCGCUAAAUCCCGAGUUGCGCCUAUCCAACAAUCCACAAUUCCUCGGCUGGAAUUAUGUUCAGCAGUUUUGUUAGGCCAUCUGUAUACAAAUGUUAUUUCUUCCUUGAAUCAGCCAACUAAAGCGUUUUUUUGGUCUGAUUCAAUGAUAACGUUACACUGGAUUCAUCAGCCACCGUCGAAAUUCAACAUCUACGUGGCAAAUCGAGUCGCUGAGGUGCAGCGGCUGACUGUUGGUGGAUCUUGGAAUCACAUUGCCGGUUUCGAGAACCCAGCCGAUAUUAUUUCGAGAGGUGCUACCCCCCAAGAACUAUCUGGUAACACAUUGUGGUGGGAAGGCCCACCAUGGUUAAAAUUGGAAUCGACGAACUGGCCACGUCGGUUCACUGUUAUGGAUUCGUCUCACGUAAAGCCAGAAGAUUUGGAGGAAAAGGUACAACAAAAAACAUCUCUUGCCGCCGUGACAACUGACACCUACCCGGAGUUAUGCGAAUAUUAUUCUUCGUUCGCAAAACUGGUUCGCAUUUCUGCAAUUUGUCGACGGUUCGCUCAACGAUGCCGAAAGCAAGAACGAGAUUUUCCAACAUACCUUCUUGCUAGUGAGUACCGAGCGGCGCUGAUGGGACUGGUUAAAUCGGCGCAACAACAAAGUUUUCCUCGUGAAUUAGCUCUUGUCGAAGCUGGUAAGAAGUCCGAUUUGAGAUCGUCACCAUUACGACGACUAAAUCCAAUCAUCGACCAAGGUAUUCUCCGAGUCGGAGGCCGACUCAAUCUAUCAAAUCUUUCCCAUGGUAGGAAGCACCAAAUUAUACUUCCUUCCAACCAUAAAUUGACGAUUCUGCUUGUUGAAUCAACCCACCAAGAUUUACUACAUGCCGGUCCUAGUUUAAUGAUUGCUAAUAUACGAGAACGCUUCUGGCCGCUGGAUUUGCGCAGAUUAGCACGAAGGACGGUACGCAACUGUGUAACGUGUAACUGUGUAACGGUGGAAAUUCAACUAGUGGGCCAAUUGCCACGGGUUCGCAUCACUCCAGCUCGCGCCUUUCUUAACACUGGUGUUGACUUCUGCGGGCCAGUACUAAUCAAGCUUCCUGUCAGGAGAGGAAAACCUUUCCCCCCGCUGAAGGCAUAUAUUUGUGUCUUCGUGUGCAUGGCAACCAAAGCGAUGCACCUCGAACUUGUAGGUGAUCUUAGCACCGACGGGUUUAUUGCUGCUCUAAAACGAUUUGUAGGCCGCCGAGGCCUACCCAUCAGCCUGUAUUGUGACAACGCCACGAAUUUCACCGGAGCCAAUCGUGAACUGCGUUCACUCCUAUCCCAAUUCAUGGACCAACAACACACCAGAAAGGUUGCAUCAUUUUGUGCAGAAAUUUCUAUUCAAUUUCACUUUAUCCCCGCUAGAGCACCAUCCUUCGGCGGGCUAUGGGAAGCCGCCGUACGCGCCGUCAAGCAUCAUCUUCGCCGAGUCGUGGGUUUGGACGCCAUCACCGCAGAGGCCAUGCAAACGGUACUCUGCCAAAUCGAGGGAUGCCUUAAUUCUCGGCCGCUAACUGCUUGCUCGGAAGAUCCCGAUGAUCAACAAAUCCUGACCCCUGGCCACUUCCUAAUUGGCGAUGCACUGAAGGCUAUUCCGGAACCUGACCUGGGUGAUGUACCAACCAAUAGGCUCUCGCUGUGGCAAGCGACGCAGCAUAAAGUUCAACGGUUUUGGAAGCUCUGGUCUACUGAUUACUUGAAUCAACUACAACAGCGCUCCAAAAACUACUUUCAAAAACCUAACGUCGUCGUGGGCAAGUUAGUGCUACUAAAGGAGGACAAUUUACCGCCGCUCAAGUGGAGCGUCGGGCGAAUCACCGCAGUGCACCCUGGCGCUGAUAACCUAGUGCGAGUCGUCGAUGUGAAGGUCCCUUCUGGUGCGGUGUACGACCGGCCGAUCUCAAAGAUCUGCCUGCUACCAAUCAACGACGCUGAAGAUGGUCCGUCGUCAAACAACGAAUGA